AUGGCGGCUGAAGACAUGGAUGUCAACAUGAACGGCGCUGCAGCUGAAACAGGUGCCGCUCCGGCGUCCCAAGCCCCAAGCACGCGCACUGGAGACGGUGGUGAUGAGAGAGCUGCAAAGAGGCAGAAGGUGGACAGCUCGGGAUUGGCCAAGGAAGCUCCGACUGAAAAGCCAGUCGUAGAGAAGGACACCCAAGUUGAGAAGAAGACCAAUGGCUCCAGUUCGGCUCCAGAUGACAGAGACGUAAGAAAAGGUGUUGCACCUGUCAAAAAAGAAUAUCUCAUUGACAUGAGCAACGCGACUCCAACUGAGGUGCCUGAUGAUGAUCUUGCUGAGGGCGCAGGCCACCAGCGCCAGGAUGACAGGGAUUCAGGCAACAAGGGCAGGAAAGACAAGAAGAAGAACCGCGGCCAGAACACGGAGCGCACGUUUGGCCACUUUGAUGAUGCAAUUCGCCUAUGCAACAGCAGAGCCUACUAUUCCGAAUUCUCUCCUCGUGAGUGUCGGUUCGGCGAUAGGUGCCGCCAGUCCCACGAUCUUCGCAAGUACCUUGCGGAGGGACGACGAGAAGACGUGGAAACAUUGGGCGGGAAAUGCCCUAUUUUCGAGCAGCAUGGCCGAUGCUCCGCUGGCUGGAAAUGCCGAUUCGUCAAGAGCCACAUGCGCGAAGUAGAGCACGAGGAUGGGCGUAAAGAGCUGGUUCUCAUCGACAAUGUCACGAAACAGGACUCGGGGGAGGGGAAAGCGGGCGAGGAUGUCGAAGAUCAACGCGCCGACGUGUUCAACAUUGUUCCGAUGCAGAACAAGAUCGACCUCAACCGGAAACGAGUUGAUUUCAGCCGGUCCGAGAAGUACAUCGAAUGGCUCAACAAGGAGACCAAGGCAAACGACAAGCUCUUCCAGGCCACCAAGGAUAAAACCCCUGAGCAGCUGGCCGAGUUGAGAGCUGCGUUCGUUGACCCGCCGUUCAAGGCCUCGGAGAAGAGGAGGAUCUACUUUGGCCCGGAAACACCCACUUUGGCACCGCUGACCACACAGGGCAACCUGCCCUUCCGCCGACUCUGUAUCGACCUUGGAGCCCAACUCACGUACUCAGAGAUGGCAAUGGGCAUGCCCCUCAUCCAAGGCACAAAGUCUGACUGGGCCCUUCUGAAGGCGCACAAGUCAGAGCUCGCACCUCCCAAGUACAACCCCGGCAAGAGCUACGUCGUCGAGAACUACGACAACGCAAAGGAUCUCAAGUUCGGCGCUCAGAUAUCUGCCAGCGUCCCCUGGGUCGCCGUCAAGUCGGCAGACGCUCUGAGCCGCUGGUGCCCCCACCUGCGACUCAUCGACCUCAACUGUGGCUGCCCCAUCGACAUGGUCUUCAAGUCGGGCGGCGGCUCCGCCCUUCUCGACAACGCCGGCAAGCUCGAGCGCAUGAUCAGGGGCAUGAACGCCGUAUCGGGCGAGGUACCAAUCACGGCUAAGAUUCGAACUGGUGUCAGAAACAACCGCCCCACGGCCAACCAGGUCAUCAGCAGACUCGCCUUCGGUGGCUCUGAGCGCCGAGAACGUCUUGGAGCCCCGGGCUGUGCGGCAAUCACGCUCCACGGACGCAGCCGCGAGCAGAGAUACACCAAGAAGGCGGACUGGGGCUUCAUUGGGCAGUGUUCCGCCCUGAUCAGGUCCUACAACGAGGAGAAGGAUGACCUCACGGACACCAUCGCCGAGCCCGACCCCAGCACCCUGGCCAACUCCAAGGACGGGAGACUCUACUUCCUCGGAAACGGCGACUGCUUCUCCCACGAAGACUAUCAAGACCACAUCCAGAACGCGGGCGUCGACAGUGUCAUGAUCGGCCGCGGCGCCCUCAUCAAGCCCUGGCUCUUCGAGGAGAUCGAGAAGGGCCAGUACCUCGACAAGUCCGCCACCGAGCGCCUGACGUACAUUGAGAAGUUCGUCCGCUACGGCCUCGAGGCCUGGAGCUCGGACGAGCUGGGCAUCGGCUUCACGCGGCGGUUCCUGCUGGAGUGGCUCAGCUUCACGCAUCGCUACGUCCCCAUCGGGUUGCUGGAGCACCUGCCCCCAAGCCUCAACGACCGGCCCCCGGCCUACAAGGGCCGGAACGAGCUCGAGACCCUCAUGGCUUCGAACAACUACAAGGACUGGAUCAAGAUCAGUGAGAUGUUCCUCGGACCAGUCCACCCAGGCUUCAACUUCCAGCCCAAGCACAAGUCAAAUGCGUACGAAGCAGAGGGCUGA